AUGUUCCGAAUCAAAAGUACAAGAGGGUCAUUAUUGCAAUCGUUUGUAAACUUAUCUCGACUAACAUCCUCGAAGGUUUGUACUGUGGUGUUGCUUUUGUGAUUGUAAGGUUAAAGAAGAACACACAAGGUGAUUCUGCACCUGUAUGAUAUGGAGAAAUACUAGAUCAACUUACUCGUGCUUUCUCCAACAUGCUUUGUACAUGUACCGCAUAUUGGCUUUUUGUAGGGUCGUUUGUCUUCAGCAAACAAAUACUUUCAUGCACAACUAAGAAGAUGUGAAUCAACUACAGCAGGGUCCCCAAGGUAAGUGUGGUAGAACAGUCCACAGUAUCGAAUUAAGCUUUUUAAGUAAUUUCAACGUGAAGUUUUGAUCUAUUGGUGGGGAAUUAUAAUGGCGAUAAAUUCCACCACAUUUUAUAUUUGCUUGGACAGUAUUUACUGUAUUUACCCUAUUCAGAACAUGUUAGGCAAAGACUGUAAAUGUUCCCUUACUAUGAUGAGCUGAUACUCUGUCAGAGAGGUAGAGUGUGGGGGUUGUUAAUCAUUGUGCCAACUGCUUAGUAGUUAAAAUUGAAAUUUUCCUAAUUUUUUAGAGAGAGCUUUUAAAAAAUUGGCAGAAUUGUGGAAUAGUGUAGCAUUUUGAAGUACAAUUUCUCUAUAAGCUAGAUUCCGAAUUCCAUUUCCUGGGCAGCCCCUAUAAUUACCAACCCUAAACAUAUAAAAGUCUUUCCCAGGUGUGCAGCCAGACAUGGUACUAGCUGCAGGAUGACCUACUAAGGAAUUCCAUUUCAGCACUUGAAAAAAAAAAAAAAUAACCCUCCUCUGGAACAAGUAGAUUUUCAACUCAAAAACGAAACUUUCUCUGCCCACUUGCCUACCUUCAAUCGAGUAUUUAGUGUUUCACAAAAAUUUGUCAAAUUUCAUUCUUUACUAGCAAGCACUUAUAGAUGUGUUGCCUUUUCAUUCUCCACCAAACCCUCUAUUUUCAUUUUUGAAUAAGAUAGGAGCUGAGGGAGCUUUGAACUUUUGUGUUAAGUUUGCUCAAACUAAAUGUAGUAAUAGACACCACAUGUGGUUGGGAAAUUACUUCUAAUUACACUUAAUUAUGUUAGUUUACCUCUACCUUUUUUUAAUUUUUCAUUCUACAAUUUGCUACACUUUUUAUGUAGGUCAACCAAAGGCCUACCAGCUUGGAAAAUAGCAGCAGGAGUAGCCUUAGCCAGUAGUGGAGGUGUGGUUGGAGCAGCUCUAGCCUUUCAUUACAGCGCAGAUGUCCGCACAUGGUGGGCCACAAAUUUUCCAUAUCUUGCACCUUAUUUGGGUACCUUGGGUGAGUCCUUAACAGGGAACAAAACGUCUCCAAUUCUUGGUGGGAAAGUAAACAAUACUUCAAGAGACCCAACAAAGCCUCAUUCUUUCGAUGAACCAUUGAAUCUUGGUGUUUCAACACAUAAAGCUCCCCAAAAGGUAAGAAAUAUUAUCUUAAUUGUUCAAAGGAUUCAAGCUAUCUUUUUCCACCACCUAAUCCUCCAUAUAGAUAAAUGAUUCCUUGAAAGGUUGGCUAUAUGAAAUCAUGAAAAUUGGCAGCUUUAUCCAGACAAUUGUUCUAUGUCUAUUAAACUUUUUAUUAGCAUGUAGCAACAACAUUGUUAUGGUGCAAUCCAUAUACAGUGUAUACUUCAGCAUUGUGUGCAGAUCUCUAGACUUGAAGCACUAUUCUAAUUAAGUGCUGGUAACUCUAUGUUUACUAGGAUGCUGAUCCUUCAUCAAGAAAACCUGUGAAGCCUUUGGCUGGGAGUAAGGAACCAGUGGCAUCUGUUUCAUCAGUUGAUCAAACAGGCAUUUCUGCUGUCGAUCUUGCAAUUGCCAGAACAGUUGAAAGGGAAGUAAAAGAGAGUGCUAACUCAAUAGAACCUAAGCCUGAUGCCCCUCAGAAUACAGUUAGUAAACCACCAAAGCCUGGAGGUAGAGGAAAAGCAGAGUCACCAACAGCUGCUGUGUCAGCUCUAGAUCAAGUGGGUGUUUCUUCUGUGGACCUUGAUAUCUCGUCUGCUGUGGAAAAGGAGGCUGAGCCUGCUACCACAGCCAAGGUACCAGAAGGUAUAGGGAAACCAGCUAAGAAAGGAGAAGAUACUGGAUCUCAUGAAAUCAAAGGUACAAAAAUUGACUACAAGAAUUACAUGUAUGAUCUUCUUCAAUGAUGAUUACAGGGGGUAUCUUAAUACACACACAUUUUUAAACUGAAACACUGCAAUUGUUGUUGUGCUUUGGUUCAAAAAUGUCUGUAUAUCAAGAAAAGUCAUUAAUUUUGGUACCAUGGAACUCUAUGUGUAACAAACCACUAUUACAUCAUACACAGUAUGUGAACAGGUUCUCAUUAUUUCCUGGGAUCUUAAAAAUUAUAUUAGGAACACAACCAUCAGGAUUGCACCAGAGUUUGAUGAGAUAUGAAACAUUAUGCAAGUUUUAGAUACAUGUACAUGUAUGCUUCUUGAAAUCCUCAGAUAGUCAUCCCUUGGAAGGAAACAUCUAUAAAUGUUGUUUACAGCCUCUGCUUUUUCAGAUAGUGCAUACAUACAUGUAGGCAACAAUCAGAUGUGAUUGCUUUUUGUAAUGUUACAUCUCUAUGCAAACAGUUACAACAAUUGUUUAUUAAUUGACAAAACUAAUCUUAACUUUUCAUCAGUGGCACAGUUGAUGUCCAUCCUAAAUUUUCCAAACCUAAUAUAUCCACAAACAAAAAGAGUACUUAACCAUUGAUUAAUUAAGGUAUCUGUGAUCACCAGUCUAAAAUAUUUGGGUAGGGAGGACUCUCAAUUGGGUGCUUAAUUUAAUGCUUGCCCAGUAGGGGAGUACUGUACUUAAUUGAAGGAAUGCCUUUUGAUGGAAGGUGCAAAGUCAAGGAUUUACAUUAUAUGUUUUUAAACUUGUUUAGGGUUAGGUUUAUCAACCAGUACAAUAAGGGAUGUAAACUUUUGAGGUUUUGUGGAGUGGUAUCAUUUGUAGUGGUAAUGAACUGAGUGGAGUUCAAUUAAGUCUGUAAAUCAUACAUAUGAGUAUGAUUUCACACAAUUGGAUUAUGUGAGGUCCUGUUACCAAUUGAUCAAAGCUAUGACAAAUUUUCAGAAAUAUACUAGCCAUCAGGUAUACAUUUUCAUGGGGAAAAAAACAUUUAACUCUGCAAAAUGCAGAGCAGCAGCAUGCACAAAUGACACUUACUGUCCAAUUACACAGUCCAAUAACAAACAUAGCAUACACUGACCUAUUAGUGCUUAAAUUGGGCUGCUGAUAACCUUUCAUGUCUGAGAAUUAUAGUCUUGAUUAACACUAACUGUGGUGUCUUGCUCUUAUCAAAAGAGGGUGUUUCUCUCUGGAGAAACAGUUUACUUACAAUGUUUAUUUGUGAAGGUACAUAUGGUAUCCCAUCACCAUUACUCUAUUUAUGUAGAUGUGGACACAAGUCUUACUGAGAAGGAAGUUGAAGCCCUCAUAGAUCAGACUGCCAUGGAAGCUAUGGUUCAUGAUGCAGUGGAAAAGUUAAAGGCUAUUGGUCAAGAAGCUAUAGAGGCUCAGCAAACAGCUGGCAAAGCCAUACAGGAACAUGUUGAACAGCUCAAGAGUGCACUUGCUCAAUCCCUUGAGGGUAGAACUCUUAAGGAUCUUAGUGAAUUGGUACUAAAUUCUCAAAAGGCAGCCAUUGACAGUGUUAAUGCUGCCAAAACUGCACAGGUGAUUAGUUUUAAGAUAAUGGUUUAUGUUACUUUCCACAACCUUUUUACUUUCAAGAUCUCAAGUUCAUUUCUCGGUACCAUCUGCUGUAUCUUUCCUAUGAUUUUCAGCUAUAAGAAUUUGGUAUUCAGUCAAACAAGUUUCUUAGAUGAUGGUCUUCUCUCUUCUCAUAACCCCUCCACAUGGCAAUGUAUUGAUAUUGUGAUGAGAAAUUACUUAGCCAUCACUCCUGGAAGUAAAAGGGUUAAAAGACUCCAUCUUUGACACUAUUCUUCAUUUUUGGUGACUUUUGAAUGUGAAAGUUACAAAAUUGGCUGCUUGACAGAGAUUGUUAAAUCAAUUAUUUGUGUCAUUUUGGUGAUGUAUAAAGAGGUCAAUAAAAACAGAUUUGAACAAAGCAAUCACUGAAAUUUGCAGGGGUGAACAAAUAUUUUGGAAGGAAAGAAUAAGGAAAGCUUAUGAUGAAGAUUGACAGAGUGUAGAUGACAAUCUUGAUAAAAACAGGCAAAUUUUCUUAAGUGCACAAAUUUCUAUAAUGCUCCUUUGAAGUCUCCAAAUUUAAUGUUUUUUUUUUCUUGCCUGCUUGCUUUGCACUCCUUUGCUCUGUGAUGUAAAAAAUGACAGGGUGGUGGACAGGUUAUUCGUGAUUUACACCAAGUAAAACCUUUUUCGAAAACAAGCCUUUCUUUCUUUGGUAGGUAAAAGUAAAUGAAGAAGUAGAAAAGGUUCAUUCCAUUAUCAAAGAAGCAGAUGUUGCUGGGGUUAAAGGAGCAGGAACUACUGCAUCAGAAGAGGCAGCGAGGGUAAGUUACAGUGUGCAGAAAGCAGCGUUAGACGUGCAGAAGGCCAAGGCCGAGGCAGCAGUGCUGGAGGAACAUCAGAAAGACUUGGCCAAAAGUAAAGAUAUGUUCAGGAAGGAGCUACUGGAUAUAAUACCUGGUGCUCUGAAAGGAGAAGCUUUGGAAGGUGUUGGGGAGAAAGAUGAUAGGUAAGGUGUUCAUGAUACUGGUCCACUCUUUACUUCGUACAUUUGCUUCCUGUCUUUAUUUAUAUGAGGGUCAUUCUGUUAUUAUUCAAGUUCUUUUAGGUAAAUCAAGUUCUCUUGAGUGCUACUUAGACUAAAGUUUGGCCAAAGCGUCUCCUACCUUAUAGUCUAAAGCCGUUUCUUUUUCGCUUUUUAGGUCCGAGUCGGUUCUUUUGGCAUAUGCUCGGAAAAGACUUGAUCAGCUAACACAGGAGCUUGUCAGUUACCAGACUGAGGAACAAAAGAGGCUCGAGAACUCCCUUAAAAUCCAACGAGAAGAGGACGCCAAGGUGACUGAACUUAGACUGAAACAAGAAGCCGAGAGAAUGGUAUCCGAAUUUGAAACCACUCUGAAGAGGAAGGUAAGUACCUUGUAAUGAUUUUAGUGAAACCCGGUGAAGUGUUUUCCAGGUGGGAGGAUUUGGAGUUUAUUAUGUUAGUACUGAUAUGACCAGAGCAAUUUUAAGUCCAUGUUCAUGUAAGUUAAUGCUCGAAGUAAUCCGGAAUUGCAUAAGUUUGCUUUGCUUCGUUCACUGCUUACUGCUGAACACUCGCGGCACCCUUUCAACCAAUUAGAUGCAAAACAACUCACUACUAAGAAGGUCUCUCCCGUUUUCUUGCGUUUGAACCCUUAAAAUCCUAACAUCAGUAUGCAUAUUCUUCAAGCUGUUUCUAUACGUUUCCUAAGGUGCUUAUAUAGACAAUUUGCUCAACAAUCGAGUUUCUUUGGUUGAUGAUCAUUUGCUUUAUUCCCGUGGCAUUAAUGUCUGAUUUAGAGGUGAUUUGGUAAGGAGAAAUUGGUCAUUCUUUGGGGUUAAUGGGUCAAGGUAAUUUGCAAUUUUUCACUUUGAGUUUUCAAUGACCUGUGGUAACGUUUUUCCAGUCUCGCUUAGCUAGUAUGGUAAUUUUGUUUUUUUGCUUUACGACGCCCACUCGAAAUGCGCAUUUCACUGAAGAAAAUUAAAAAAAAACCCUGGUGGUUCAAGCUUGAGAAGGCGCGCUUUUCACUAAAGAAAUUAAAAAAAAAACCCUGGUUGUUCAAGCUUGAGAAGGCGCGCUUUUUAUUUGAUAUAGGCUUAACCCUUUAAUCCCUGAGGGUGAUUAGCAUCUAAUUUCUCCUUUCAAUAUCACACCUGAAUCAAACAUUAAGGUCAUGAGAAUAAAUGAAAUUAUAAUCAUCUAAGGAACCUCUUGAUUGUUAAACAAAUUCUCCUUGCAUGCAUAUAAGGAAAUGUAUAGAGAACAGUAUGGAGAAUAUGCAUACUGAUGUUAGGGUGUAAAGGGUUAAAGUACGAUUACUUAGUCAAGUGGCAAUGUGAUUGUUAGCCCUUGUUUCUCUUAGGAAGCAGAGCUUUCAGCAGAACACGAGGUGAGCCUCCGACAGCAAUUACGUCGCCAGGCGGCAGCAUACAGUGAUAACUUGGCUGAGGUUCUCCGUGUUCAGGCUACGGAACUAGAAAACAGGUUGGUUUUGCGAGAACGAGCUUCCUCAGCACAUCUUCUGUCAACGGUUUUGAGUGUUCAUCUUUUAUCCUUUAUCCUUAAAUGGGCUGUUUAAUUUAGAACGCUUGAAUUACAUCUCUCGCCCCUCCCCUCCCCGCCCCCCGCCCUAGACUUUAUGUAUGCACAUAUUACGGGCUUCAUUUACACUUACCCUUUCUAAUGUAAUAAUGGCAUUUUCUCAGGUAUAAGGACGACUUGCAACAAAAAAUGGCCGUAGAAAAAGAGGCUUUUAAAGUGCAGUUAGCUGGGGCUCUUGCUCAGUUACGAGGUGUGGCAUCAGUGAUAGAGGGCAGAGCAGAUGUUGAGAAACAAAAUAAGCAGGCGCAAAAGCUCUGGACAGCGUGUCAAUCGUUGACUACAGCUAUCGACAAAGGUGCUAAUCAACCAAAACCGCUGCUGCCUCAGUUGACGGCCAUUCACGAUGCUGCAGCAGAGGAUCCACUGGUCUCACAAGUUCUUAACUCUCUACCAGAAGAGGUUGUGUUAAGAGGAGUUUUGAACGAAGAGAAUGUGACGCGUCGCUUUUACAAGAUCCGCAGAUGGUGUCGAAGAGUAGCCAUGAUAGGAGAGAACGGAGCUUCACCAUGGACUCACGUGCUGUCAUACAUUCAGUCUUUCCUAAUUUUCGAUUCAUUUGAUCCCGUAAAGCAGGGAGAACUCGUAGAUUUAGACAAUUUGGACACUUUUGAUCUCCUAGCGCGCGCAGAGUACUACCUUCGGCAUGGAGAUCUGGAGCUAGCGACGCGAUUGGUAAAUCAGCUUCGUGGGGAGCCUAAAAAUGUAGCGCGCGAUUGGUUGCUGGAAGCUCGGUUGCUUUUGGAGACGAGGCAGGCUGCCAACUUGUUGACUGCUUAUGCUGCUGUAUUGGGAACAGCAGGGCUGGUUAAUUAGAUCUUAGAAGUACAUUUAUUUUUAAGGGACAAUACAAAUGAGUUGUCGUCAAUAAGUAAUGAUUCCCUUCCAACUAAUGAUUCAUUACCAACUCACGUCUUGAACUUCACCUUCUACUGCUUCUUUUUAAAAUACGAUUGGUGAAACAACACAGAGAAAGGGUAAGAAAGGAAAGAAGAUUAAAAAUGAAUUUUUAAAGUCAGCCAGUCUACAAAUUUGUGAUAUCCGUGUAGAGUGAGUUCAGUGAUGUUUCCUUUCAUCCAAGUUUUGACCUAACAUAAUAGCAAGCAGAAAACUAAAACUAAUAUGUUUUCGUCAGGCUGUAAUUCUUUGUUGCAUUAAUGUUAUCGGUAAAUCCAUGAAAUUAACAUCUACUUGGUUUACAAUUUUAGAGUUAAAAGAGUCAAUGGUUUUUAUUUUGUUCCAGUUCGUUUAUACGAACGCUGACUAUAAGCUUCAAGGUCGUCAAUUCACCCCAAAAUCGUCAGUGCUUUGAGACUCGGCUGUAGUAAUUGACACCGGUGAUAAAUACCACGCUGUCCGGUUUAGAAUCAGCAGUAGCGUUGUUAAGUUCGCAAAUCAGCGAAGCACGGAAUGUCUGCUGUGUGUUCCUCGCUUUCUUUGCACUGACCUUUUCUGACCACAUGUUAAUGGAUGAGCAUUGUGGUAAUCUUUGGCAGUAAAGAGCGCAAUCAAUUUCUGAGGAGACCAUCAGCUCCUUUAUUUGAUGGUUGAUUAACGCCAUGUCUUUCUUGUUGUCGGCCAUGCUGCUCAUAGCAUGUGGAGUUUCACAGAGUUUCGUCUGCGGGGAUUGUACAUAUUGUUGACAAUAUUCUAUUGAGUGCGUACAAUUAAACUCUCGCUGUUGAAAGCCAACGCCAUAUGAUGCUGAGCAUGCACUCCAUUGAGACCAAUGUCCCAAUUCGAGCGAGACAGAAUCAGCUACAGCUGU